AUGUAUUGUACCCCCUCUGGGGGCAAUGCUGCCGUGGCGCGAGGCAAAGCAAAUCUCUCGAUUCUGGAGAAAGGUGCAAUGGAUAAUGCGACUCCAGCUACAACGAACAACACAAGGAUGGAGAAACGGAUCGCUUUAGAAUGCGGCAAGCGAAAGCCAGAGGAGGUAACCCCCCGUCCCUUUCGAGGUCUAAAGAUGCCAUCUAACCAGAAUUGAAGCUUUUGUUUCGAUUUACGUGUUGAAAGCGCAGUAAAUCGACGAAAUUUGUAAGUCGACGCUUCUCCAUGUGCUUUUGUUGUUUUGCAGAUUCGAGAGCUCAUCUUGGACAAUUGUUAUUCUACCACGGUCGUUGGGCUAACAGAUGAAUUUCUUAACUUGGAGGUCUUGUCGCUGAUCAAAGUUGGGCUGACAAAUUUGAAAAGUUUUCCCAAUUUACCAAAUCUAAGGCGGGUGAGUAAGAUUUUGUUGAGCCUUCCUCAUGACUUCUGCUCCACGACACUCGCAUAGAGGUGCACCCCAGCUUCUCUGGUCGUGUAUGCUUGUAGCCGCUUAGAUUAUGUUCUUUCGAUAUCUUUGUUUUCAGCUGGAACUUGGCGAAAAUAGGAUCAUGUCGGGACUACAGUCUCUUCAGGGAUCACCUAAAUUAACAAAUUUGAGCCUUAGCAAUAACAGAAUAAAAGAUCUCGAAACUCUAGAACCAUUGGUAGGUACAAAUUUCAACUUGUUGUUUGUUAUAAGCUUAUAUGGGCUAACUUGUGUGGAAGCGUUAAUACUAUUAAAGCAAAAAUUUUGUCUGCGAAGCGCUUGUUUUGUAUUUUCGGAGUCCAGUUAUUUCAGUCAGCUCUUACACGUACUGUGUUUCUUUUACAGUCAAAACUGCAAAAUUUAAAAAGUUUGGAUUUGCUAAACUGUGAGGUAACGACGAUAGAAGGUUACAGAGCCGAAAUAUUCAAGAUGAUACCAUCCUUGAAGUAUCUUGACGGCUAUGAUAGGUAAGCGAGGAAAUUGAAGGAGGAAAGCGUAAAUGACAUCCGUGUUUGCGCUCUCGUCCAGCUCUUUCUGUUAAUACCUGGUUUUGAACCCUUCAUGCGGAGUUGAAAUAAUUUUUGUUCUCGUUCGCCAUUAGAUACGGGAAUGAAGCUGACGAAACGGAUUCCUCGGGUGAGGAGGAUGGCGAAGAAGGUACAGCUUUUUGUCUUGAUGUACUUGAUUUCAUGAAAUACCAAAGAGGCAAAGCGAAAGUUCGCUUUCGUUUCCUCAGUGGUUACAAUUUGAAUUAUGUUCGUUGCCCGAGAAGCGUUUGGGAUAUUAUUUGGCGCGGUGCGCUGUUUGAUUUAAAAUAUGCGAGUUCACAAUAAAGAAGAAUUGAGUGAAAAAAGUUUGUUGCCGCCUAAUGGACUGAUUGCAGUGAAGUGUUAUCGAAGAGAAAGGUGUGCUCCUUCGUGAGUUUUCACAUUUAUUGUGGCAAGAGAGAAUUUUUAUGCGAUAUUUUGCCCUGAUAGAAAAUGGAAUUCUGAAAUGGCUUUUGUGCGGACGCCACGCUCCAAAAUGAAAUUCCCGCGCAUUUAGAAGUUCGAGAAUAUUUUAAGUUUGGUUUUGUCGCUGCAAAGUUUCAUUUCGUGGAUCCAUUGAUUUUAACUGACGGCCGUCCUAGAAGGUAAAGACAUCAAUAUUUUAAUAGCGAUUAUUUCUAGUUAGAUUUCGAAAUAAGAUCAUAUUCCACGUUUGUAUAGCUAGAACCAGCUUAUGUGGAUUUUUACAUGGUGAGAUUAAGUUCAUUUACUAUUCACUUCAGUGGAAGAUUCCUUCCUUUUUGUUUGACAGAACCUACAGCCGUUAAAUGGUGAUUUUUUAAUUGUUGUUUGUUGUUUCUUGAAGCACAAAUUUCUCACUGUGAAAUGUUCAAGCAAUUCUUGUUUAGAUACACUAGAAUGUUUAUUAUUCUCUUCUGUUCAGUCUUGUCAGAAUGGGUGACUGUAAAGCCGUUGGUUUUAAGUUUUUUAGUUCGUAGGGGAUGUACUUCAUGGCUUAAAAUUAACAGUCACGAAAUGCUUGUGUUGAAAAUUUUGGCAUUGGAGAAAUGUGCUUAUACAUAAUGCUCUUUUCUGUAAAUGAUACAAAAAAUACACCUAAUAAAACUAAGUAUAGGGACUGUAAAUCUCUAUCGAAUUUGAUCCGUUAUAGGUGGGAGUAGUCUGUUGGUAAAAGAAAAAUCUUAUUCCAUCUGUUUAUCUUGUGUGCCAAAUUUUCUCAGUUUAAUGCAGCAAGUUGCCUAAAUGGACCCAGCCUUUGUCAAAACUGCGGUUUGGCAUCUAUCACAUUUUUAGGUCUCUAGUUACUGGAUUUUGAACAAAGUUUAUGUAAUCUUUUUAUGAUACUUGAAUUAUGACUUCAAAUGAAUGCCUGGAUUAUUUCAAUUCCACCUUUCCAACCCAACGUACACAUCUGUAAUGUGUGUCAAUUAAUCUUAUCAUGCAGCACUCGCUCAUCAGAUGGCAUCUUUUUUCCUGCUGUAGAAGGAUGUUUUGAAAGGAAUGUUAGGUUAGGGUAAACAAUCUUUUGCUAGUUUGGCAAACUUUGCUUGCAGGGACCAAUACUUACCGCUCAUGAAAUUUCUUUUGUUGCUGGGCUAGGUCUCACAGCAGCCUUGCAAACUAGUAAACUACCACAUUACUGGACAUCCCAGAUUGGUUAAAGCUAUUAUUAUCUGUAUUGUGGCUGAGUUAUUUUGUUUAUUUUCAACAGAUGAGGAGGGUGAUGACGAUGAUGAUGAUGAGGGGGACGAAGACGAAGAAGAUGAAGAGGGCGAAGGUGAAACAUUUUUUACAGUUAAAUUCUAAAAUAUUUACAGUCAAGCCAAUUCAAGUAUGGUCCCUAUUGUUUUAUUGUUUUAUUAUCAUUUUGCCAUGCACACAAAAUAUACAUAUAAAAUUUUAAUAAAGAUGAGGGAAGGGAGCCCAAGGAAGCCAAUAAGGCUUGUUUAUAGGACCACCUUUAAAAUUAUGUUAUUUAAUCAAUAAUUACAAUACUGACAUUGGCAAUUUAAUUCGAAGUAUGCACAAUUUGUUUAUAACCUAGAAAAUAAUCAUUAAAUAGGAUAGAAAUAGAAAUGCUGAACAUGUAAGUGCAAAACAAGAAAGAAAAGGUGAGAAAAACUAAUGCAAGAAUACACGAGAAAAAAAUCUGAAAGAAGCGAAAAACUACACACAAGCAUUAGGAGAGCUAAAGUGUGCUUAUUCCAAGAAAAAAAUGACUUAAGUUUAGAAUUGAACAAAGCAGUACGAGAGGCAUUGUGAAUUUCAGAGCUAAGGGAAUGAAAUAUUUUGGGCCCUUGAAAAUGAAGUGAAAAGUUCCUUACAUUUGUCNAAUAUUUACAGUCAAGCCAAUUCAAGUAUGGUCCCUAUUGUUUUAUUGUUUUAUUAUCAUUUUGCCAUGCACACAAAAUAUACAUAUAAAAUUUUAAUAAAGAUGAGGGAAGGGAGCCCAAGGAAGCCAAUAAGGCUUGUUUAUAGGACCACCUUUAAAAUUAUGUUAUUUAAUCAAUAAUUACAAUACUGACAUUGGCAAUUUAAUUCGAAGUAUGCACAAUUUGUUUAUAACCUAGAAAAUAAUCAUUAAAUAGGAUAGAAAUAGAAAUGCUGAACAUGUAAGUGCAAAACAAGAAAGAAAAGGUGAGAAAAACUAAUGCAAGAAUACACGAGAAAAAAAUCUGAAAGAAGCGAAAAACUACACACAAGCAUUAGGAGAGCUAAAGUGUGCUUAUUCCAAGAAAAAAAUGACUUAAGUUUAGAAUUGAACAAAGCAGUACGAGAGGCAUUGUGAAUUUCAGAGCUAAGGGAAUGAAAUAUUUUGGGCCCUUGAAAAUGAAGUGAAAAGUUCCUUACAUUUGUCCUGCAGUAGUUGACAAUAAUAGGUAAACCAGUAGUUUUCAUUCUGCCCCACAAGGUUAAGAAUUCCAACUGGCUGGAGGCAAGUCAUUUCGCCAUUUUUAAGCAUGAUCAAGGAAUUGAACUCAGGACUGUGGAUAAUGGAAUAAACAGAAGUAAUCCAGCUAGGGGUUAGGGGCAGGGCUGGAACUCUGUGCCUGCAGCGCUUUAACCACUCCACCAGGUUGCUUCCUUAAGUUGUUGUUGCUUAUGACUUCAAAUUCAAAUCUGCAUUCCUGCAUGCAUUAGAAGCACAAAAGUUUACACCACAACUUUUUUUUGUUCAGUCAGGUUGAAAAAUCUUUAACACUUUAGAAAAAAGAAAGUAGAGCUGACAUAAAUUUGAAUUACCCUGCAUGUUAAAUCACUUGGCAAUAACUUAGUAGCAUAUUUAAAUGAGUUGUGAAAAGAAUCUAUGGGUGUAUGCUUGAUUGUAAUAUGACAACAUGUUGGCAUUUAUGUGUGCCAGUAUAGGGCCCUUUUCUAUUUAAUUUGCUAGCCAGCUAAAUAAAGAAGAAACAAUUUACCCUGACCUGAGGGUUUCCUCAGGUGGUGUUAACCAGUUACUUACAGGUGUGUGGUUGAAAACAUAUUGCCUGCUAUACACUUGUUUUAUAUUUAAUUUACACAACACCACUUGUUAGUGCUGCGUUCCAAAUACUGUGUUACAAAUCAUUACUCUAAAUCAGCAUUUUGUUUUAGUAUCUGGUGCACAGUAUGUGAUGGAAUACUGCUACUGUCCAUGGUACCCUGAUUACUUUGCCAAUCUCUAGUUGCCUUGCUGUCAAGGAGAAGGUCAAUGACAGAUAAUUAUUUUCAAGGCUGUGCUGUGUUGAAAAAAAAAAAUAGGAAGCUCCUAAAGCUCUUGUCAUAUGAAAUUCAGCUGUUAAGCAUUUACAGUAUUUAGCAAGAGACCACCAGGUGCUUUAAGGUCUUGUGUUCUCUCUGUUCUUAUGCUUAAAAUUUGUUAAAUUAAAGGAGAUGAUGAUGAUGAAGACGAUUUAGAUGAAGGGGAAGGAUCAAGUGAUGAUGAGGAGGGAGUAGAAGGUGAAGGUGAGUAUCUUAGAAUGGAAUUCAUCAUCUACAGUCUCUACUUUUUUAAAAUUAUAUUAUUGCUAUUAUUAUUUUAUUUGCAUUACAAUGUAUAACAAAUACAUGACAGUACAAUACACUAUAAACGUUUAUGCCGAAGUAACUAUACAUAAAAUAAAAAAUACAUUUCAAGUACACACGUUUCUAGGGUACAGAGUCCAAAGGCAGAGUUCACUUCUUAAUGAAUGUGCCCAUUUUAUUAGUUUCAACACAUAUAUACUUUUCUGUUUCAUACUUAAUAUUAUGAUAAGGUUGGAUGAAAAGGCAGUUAUGAUUGGAAGAGUCUGAUUACUUCUACAAUCCCAUAAAUAUAGUUUAGCGAUCAGUAUCAAAUAAUUCAGCAAAGGGCAAUUUGUAUAUAAUAUUCUUGUAAUGACAUCUUUUAAGGACGGACAGACGAAUUUUCUUGUCGAUGUGUAAAAGUAAUAUGGAAAUUCCUUCCAAAACUGCUUGGUGUGUUUGCAUUUGAUAAAGAUGUGGUAAAGGGGGGGGGGGCUGUGCUAGGACACUGCCCUCAAACAGAUGAGCUGUCAAAUGACCCAGAAAUAAUGAUAUCUUUCACUUGAAUUACUAAGAGUGAGGUUCAGCAUUGUAAAAAAAACUUGUUUGAGAAUCUUCAGUGAGUUUUGAGCAUUGGCUUGGGUCAAGUUGUCACAUAUGCCCACUUUGCAUUCACUACUCUAAUUUAAAGAUAGGGGUUCAUACAGAGUCUUGAAUUCUUGGAAAAGUCUUGCAUUGCCCAGCCAUUUUCCAGGCCUGAGAAAGUCAGCAAAAUGGAGAUAAAGUUGGGGAAAAUGGGAAAAGAGUCUUGAGUCUUUUUUUUUUUUCAAAGCUACACAGCGAGUGCUUUAUAAUUUUUUUUCGUUUUUGUCAAAUCUUAUUCAAUCUUGCCCAUAUGUUUGCAGCACAUCAUGAAAAAUAGCUUUUUUCCUGCAUUUUAAAGGUGUCUAUUGAUGAACUAAUUGAUAACCUUGAGUCUGGAAAAAGAAAUCAUUGUUUUGGAAAAAAGUCUAGAAAAAGUCUGAAGAGAACACUGAACCUGGUGGUUUAUACUUUUUUAGCAAUAGUAUUUUGUGAUUUCUCUUUGUUUUUAAAUCAGAAGGUGAGGAAGAUGAUGAAGAGGAGGAGGAAGAAGAUGAAGGGGAAGAAGAGGAUGAGCCAGGUCUAGAUUAUUUGCAAAAAGAAAAUUUGGAGGUACAUAUUUAAUCUUAUAACAGAUUUAUAAUUAAACUUGGGAAGGGUGUUUAGGGGUCUUUGACUAUUGAUGAUGCCCCAGGCAUAUCAUGUCAAUAAUCAUGGGGUUGUUUCAAGUUCUGAAUGAGGUUUCAAUGUCUUUGGUCACAAUGUCCCUGAAUUAAUGUAAAUUAUCACAAAAGGUUUGUUUGUUAGUGCAAGCUUUGAUUUGCUGGGGUUAGUGAGUUAAUGUGGUUGGAGUUUCAGUUAAACAAGCCAUGUUAUGUCAAUUUGAUGCAAGGGCUGCAGAGUUGACCAUACAAUAAAACAUUCUCUCUUUAAAAGUUAAGUUGCCUGCUUUGAGAGGUUUGUGUGGUAUGAAUAAAAGGUGUUUGCUGUGACAGGUUCCUAGUAUUGAAGGGAUGCCUUUUUGUAAACCAGAACUUUUUUGUUUUGUCCAGGAUGAAGAAGAAGGCGAAGAUUUUAAUCCUGAUGAGGAAGAUGAUGAAGAAGAGGAUGAGGAAGAAGAUGAGGAGGACGAGACACCAGAAGCCGACAGAAGAGGCGAAAAGAGAAAGCGGGAAGACGAAGAUGAGGAUGAUGAUGAUGACUGACAUUAACUCUUCCAGCAAACAUUUCGCUACUAAACCCAGUUUUAGAGGGUGUGCUCUUUACGUAUAGAGAUGUCCACCAUGGUGGAAAAGUCUUUCUUAUUCAAGCCUUUGAAGUGGUCUGUUGUGAGACUAUUGUUUAGAACUGCCUCAUGGUCUAAAAUGAACUAUUUUCUCAUUCCUGUAGUUGUCACUUGGAGUCACCUCUUUAAAAAUUAAUGACUGAUAAUGUCCGUGGCUAGUGGUUGAAAAAAAAAAUAAUAUGUGACUGGAUAUUACCUGUUGAAGCACUGUGGGAGAUAUUGAUUUUAAAACUUGCAUUGCCCUUUUCUGUCACAUAAGAGUAUACAUGAAAGCCAGUUAUGUUAGGAAUAGUAUUCUAAAUUAAGAAGACUCAGUAACACCUACAGGGAUUGUUAUUAUCAGGUUUUGGUUUGUACAAGUGUCAGCAAUGGACUGAAAAGUUGGCGACAGAAAAGAUACCAAGUAUUUCAUGUGCAUUGUGUGUAGAUAGAAUGGCACACAGUGUUCAAGGAUUUGCUAAGCUGCAAAAUCUUCCAAUAACAGGCUUUGAAAAGUUUUUAUAUCACCUUCCUCAACAGCUGCCAAGCUAACAUAAGGAAUGCUUACUGCGUAGGUUGGAUACUUCCCCUACCAUUAGUCAAAGGUUUUCACUGGAAGGUGUACAAGUGUAUAGUGUCAUAAUCCUGGCCUGUUUAUUACCUCUGAACAACUUAUGAUUUUGUUUUGUGAAAACAGGUCCAGAACAGUGAUCAGUGCAAAGCACUCUCCUAUUCAUUAGUUUAUUGCAUUUUUCCCAAAGAUUCAGCAUUAAAAUCCUAAGGUUUGGUAUGUAAACACUUGCAAUAAUGUUAUUGUAUUUUCAUGUGGACAUAUUUUGCCUGUUCGUUUUUUGUACCAUACAUGUAUGUGAUUAAGUCGAUUAUAAAGCUUGGACACCAAAAUAUUGGGUUAGUCACUAACAUUUUAACUAAAACAGACAAAGGAAAACGCAAAGUCACAGGCAAAAUAGUAUCACCCCUGAGAGAGUCAACUCAACCAGAGACUGGAUGCACAUAACAGUAAACUGAAAAACAUGGUUGUUUAGAUAAGAUUCCUGUGCUCUUUAUCAUUAUUUUUAGCAAAAAACUGUUAUUGAGUUGAUGUAAACAUCAGUGUUGACUUCUCUGCCACCUCAACCCUAAGGAGUGGUUAGGAGAAAAGAGGUGCAUUCAUGGACAGUAAGGGACACCACAAUAAUAUUAUUUCCGUCCCUAUACAUUGUGUAUUUUUGAUCUCAUUUGACGGAAGGCAGUUGUCAUUGUCACCUUUACAGUGUACAUUUUUUGGGAUCUUAUGUAAUAAACUGUUUUACUCCUUUUCCAGAGAUACAUGCACGUCUUAACUAUCUGUAUAAUUCUUUAAGUGGCACGGGAUUUUAAGCAAACACAAGC